AUGCUCAUACAGAAAUUCUUUUCGCUCGUUCCAGCGGAAGACAAAAACUUGGAAAACCUAGUAAAUGAGCUAGCUCAAUCUAAAAAGAACAUCAGGAGAAUACAAAAUUAUGGAGCAAAGGAAAGAAGCGCGGACAGGUCCAUUCAUAAGGAUGAUGUCAACCAAAAGGUAGAAAAGUUAACUAUCACAUCAGUUGGUUCCAGGCGAAAUGCAAGCGAGAAAGACAAAUGGUGCAGCUUUAGGCAGAAGAAGAACAAUGCCGGGAAUGGUUCGCCCAGCUUGUCCCAAAAAUAUAAAAAAACUACAUUCGAUUCGAGUAAAGUUAUUAAGACAAUUAAAUGGGACCCCCCCACCAGCGCUAAAUUCGAUUUGUCCAGCAUCAAAGAAAAUGAACUGUUUCAAAGAAUUUUUAAAACGGUUGAAAGAGAAAAUAUAAGAAGUAAGAAUGAUAAAUUAAAAAGCAAAAGUGAAAAACUGAAACAUUUGAAAAACAAUGUAGGAAACCAAAAUGAACAUGUAAAAAGCAAAGAUGUAAACGAAGGAAAUAGAGACCAACUAACAGAAUUAAUAGGCCAAUUUAGGAAAGUUCUGAGUGAUAAGAAGAAGACAUAUGCCACUUUGAAAAUCAGGACUAGAAGUUUUGGCAACGAACACUCGUCCGUUUCCCCCUUUCCCGACAACGCCAUCGAGUGCUAUAACAUGCACUACCGUUGUAAAGGUGACACUAUUAAAAACGGUUUAUGGGGCGAAGUUAAUGAGAAAACCGAAGAAAGGAAGAAAAGAAACGACCAUAGGAAAACGCAAAGGAUAGAACCCGCCUACCAAAAUGGCCAAGACAGAAUGGCAAAAGGGACAACCCACAGGAGUAGCCACAACCAGAAAGGAUGCUCCUCCAGCAGGAUUAAUCAAAAUGACUUAAUAAAUGAAGAACCAGGAAAUACUCCCCAUUAUUUCACUAAACGGAGUAAUGCACCCCCACAGAAGGGGAACCGAAAUGAAAGCACGUACCGCCAAAUUGAAAACCCAUCCAUUAUGGGAGAGGAAACUUCACUGAAAGGCAGAAAAUUGCCACCCAAAUGGGAGGAAAAAAGCAGUCGUAGUAGCAGCACAGACAAUAAAUCACAAGGUCAAUAUUACAUACGCUCCUGUAGCAGCAAUUCUUCUGUGCCUAGUAAUAAUUACAAAAAAUGUAAAAACAGUCUGAGAGAUGCUGAGCAAAGGGACAACAUGUGCGAACAAGUCAAUGACGACAGAAAAGGUCUAACACUCGGGAUAACAAAUUGUGUAAUCAUAAAAAUAAACGAAGUCACAUCCUUAGAUACAUUUUUCGAAAUGCGUAUACACCCCCCAGAAGGGCAUCAAAAUACAAGUCACUCCAUCGAAGACUUCAUUUAA